AUGCCCCCAUCCAACUCAUCAGUGGACAGCCCAGAAAAGACUAAGAAGCAAAAAUUGACAGAGGAAGAGGUGCUGGUCUUACAAUCUCACCUAGAAAAAUGGAAGGAAGCAGCCACUGAGGAUAGAAAAGUUAUUCUGAAGGCGGCCACAAAAGAGGCCAAAGUGCAUGCCCCUGCUAUGCAUGCCCAGUUAUUGAAGAAGAGGAAAACAAGAACUGAAAAGACUCGCAAAAAGAAGUUGGGUCAGAAAUGGAAUGCCCAGUCAGUGAUAGAACAGCAGCACAAGGAGGAGAUCAUUGAAAAGACUGGAGCAAGGCCUGGAUUGGAGGAAUUCAUCAAAAGAUACCAGCCAACCCUCACUGCAAGUAGGUCUAGCGAUGGUCCUCCUACAGAGGUCCAGGCCGAGUUUGCAAAGAAGAAAGCACCCGGUAUGAUGAAGGACCUGGCAACUCAGUUAUGGAGGCACGCUGGUAUGAGGAUAUUCAUAUUGUCCACGUGGAAAACAAAGGAAGGCGAAGUGAGGAUCAAUGGAAUUGACUUCAAUGAAAAGUUGGAGGGCAAUAGUUUUACAGGUACAAAGGACUGGAAGCCCAUGAUAUCAGAGUGGAAUGCCUAUGCUGGAGAAGAGUUCGGAGUUGACCAGAAUGAAGAUGACGACAACGAUGAGGGGGAUGGGAAGAAGAGCAGAAAGCCAAGGGGAAAGAAGGAUGAUUAUCCUUUGGAGGUGGAUACCUAUGGGCUUCCGGUAAUACCGGAUGUUCAGAACCUUAACUUAGAGAGCAAGCAACAUCUCAUCUGGAUGUUCCUCACAAAACACUACAGGUUUUGCAGCCAAAGGGCAAAGGCAUCUGUGCCAUGGUCCGCAGUGAUGUAUGCUCAGGGUAACUUCGUUGAGGCCAAGUUUUUACCUACCAGUGGCAAGAUCAAGGAACCUUCAAAGCUUCAGUUAGUUGAAGUCGACCGGCUCUUAGAGUUCUGGUGUCAGAGACAGAAGGACAAGAAACAAUCUCAGGCAAGGAUUCCUGACACCGGACUCAGACAAUCAGCAGCAGAGACCAGGGUUCCGGUCAAAAAGUCAACCAGACAGGCGAGCAGGAGGGAGGAAAAGAAGUCAAGUAGUGAGGAUGAGGGUGAUGAAGAAGAAGAUGAAGAAGAUGAAGAGGAGGAGGAAGGAGACAAGGAAGAAGAAGAUGAGCAGGAGGAAGAAGGAGAAGAUGAAGAUGAUGAAGAAGACGAGGAAGAAGUUCUCCCAUGUCCACCUUCAAAGUCCAAACAUACCAACAAGCGGGGCAGGGUUCCUCCGGUUCAAUCUGAUUCAGAGGAAGAAGACUCUCGCCCGCUGGUCAAGAAAUCCAAGAUGAUUGUCAGGUGCAAUGAAGUCCCAUCGCCACCUUCAAAGUCUCACCCAACCAACAAGCGGAGCAGGGUUCCUCCAGUUCAAUCUGAUUCAGAGCCGGAAGAUUCUCCCCCUGCCGGUCAAGAAAUCCAAGAGCAGCAGGAUUCUCACCCACCGGUAAAGAAAUCCAAACUCAUUGUCAAGAGCAAUGGACCAUCAGAAGACAAUACCUGUCGCUCAUUUGGUCCUGCAUCAGGUGUCCGGACCAUGAAAAUUCAAAAGCGACCGGUGCCGGAACCAACGCCUCCUUCCCCUCCAAAGGCCACCGGCAAGAAAACUGCAGGACAGGAAGCCCGCAUUACCAAUCUGGAGCCAAAACGCUCCAGUAGAAAUGCAAAGGCAUCUUAUAAAGCUCACUAUAUGCAAAGGUAA